UUUUUAUUGGCUUAGCACACGGACACGCAGCGUUCCCAGGACAACGAAACCCCAAACAACCGUGGAAACCCCGGCGAAACCUCAGGUUAACAACGGCUAAUGAAUCACCCACGAAGACUGGCAUCGAACCUUCUUUGAAGUAAAUUAAUCCAAAGUUGUUUUACGCAUUAGAGAGUUAAGAGGAGUUAUAAAUCGAGGAGGCGGGAAUCGACGAAACGCGCCGCAGACAUGAGUCGUGACUGGGCGCACAGCCAGCGGCAGAUGCUGAUGAACCAGGAGCGGCAGAACCAGGAGCAGCUCCGGCAGCAGGAGGCCAAGCGCGUGGACAGAGCGCGGCAGAUGGAGGCCGGUGUGCGGGACGAGGGCUGCUUUGAGAGGAGGAGGUACCAGCGACAGGUGCAGGAGGAACUCAAGGAGGAGCAAACGAAGAGCGCUAUGCUGAAGGCGGAGGAGGAGAGAAUAAACAGAGAAAAGCAACUCGAGCAAGAGAAGAGAAUGGCUAAGGAGCUGGCCCGCAUCAACUGUGAGACACAAAGAGACGAGAAAAUGAGACAGCGUGUUAAAGAGAACAGCUUGGAGCUUCGAGAACUUGAGUCUAAGCUGAAAUCUGCAUAUUUGAAUAAGGAAAGAGCUGCACAGAUUGCUGAGCAGGAAGCUAUGAGGGUUAAGACAAUGCGUGAGGAGGCAGACUUAGCCCGCAAGAUGAAGGGCGAACAUGAGCGAGCAGACGCUGAGCAGCAGAAAGUGGAGCAGAAACGCCACGAGGAGCUGGUGCAGUGUCAGAGAGAGCUGGAGCAGCAGCUCGUGGAGAAGGAGCGCAAGAGACAAGAGGCAUACGAGGAGUUCCUCAAAGAGAAGCUCCUGGUUGAUGAGAUUGUCAGGAAGAUUUACGAAGAGGAUCAGAUGGAGAGACAGCUGAAACUGGAGAAGGUCAGAGCCACUCAGCAACACAUUGAAGAGUUCAAGAAACAGCAGGCCGAGUGGAGACGCAUGGAGCAAGAAAGGAUGGAGGCCGAGAACAAGCGCAUCAUGGAGUUUGUGAUUCAUCGGGAGCACAUGGAGGAGAGCAAUAUGGCCAAGAUCAGAGAGAGAGAAAAGGGAAAGGAGCAUCUUCAUAAAAUACUUUCUGACCAGAUGGAAGAGGAGAGGCAGCAGCGUGAAGAGACGGAGCGAGUUCGUGAGGAACUUUAUUUUGAAGAACAGGAAGAGGCUAACAGGCAGAGAGACAUUGAAGAGAUGGAGAAGAAAAUCAGACAGAGGCUUAUGAUGCAGCAGAGCUGCCAGCAGCAGAUGGUUUUCAAAGAGAUGCGAAGGCAGGCCGAGAAAGAGGAAGACGAGGCCUUCAGGAAAAUGAUGAUGGCCAAGUUUGCAGAAGACGAUCGCUUGGAGCAGAUGAAUGCCCAGAAACGACGCAUGAAGCAACUGGAGCACAAACGCGAGGUGGAGAAAUUGUUAGAGGACAGAAGACGGCAGCAUGAGGCUGACAUGGAACUGGAGGCUAAAGAAAGAGCAAUGGAGCAGGAGAGGGAGGCGCUGCGUCGGCAGAUAAUUGAAGAGGAGAGGCAGCGACUUCUUAAACGCCACGCAACAAAACUCCUUGGCUACCUACCAAAGGGCUUACUCCGUGAAGAUGACCUGGAGCACUUUGACGAAGACUUCAGGAAAAACUUCAAAACACGUCAGGCAGAUAUCUUGUCUGAGGACGGCUGGGAUAGCGAUGAGUAAAUUGCAUACGAUGCCACUAGAUGGCAGUUUAAGGUUACAGUGAACUAAAUAGCAAUUUUUUUGUGACCAUUUCUCAGCAUUCAUGAUAGCGCUUGUGUAGCAUUCAGUAACAACACUGUUAUUAAUUGACAUGUUUUUAUUUGGAUUGUGCUGACAGGAUCUGAAUAAAAAUCAUUCCAGAAAAGAUCUGAGGCCGUCUGGUGGCUAAAUGUGACAAUAAUUAGGAGACAAAUCUCUAAAUCUAAAUUAUUUUGAACCCAAAGUCUUCUAUUUAUCUGAACCUCUCCGUGUCUAUGACUUCCCCCAGUCUAGAGCUUUCAUGAACUCGUCUUCUGUGAACGACAGCAGCUUGGCAGCUUCAAAAUGCAUCUGCACAAAAAUAAAAGUCAGUCAUUGAUUAAGCUCUGAACAGGGUGUGUGAGACAGGGUGUGUAUGAACAGGGUGUGUGAGACAGAGACACGUACCUUUUGUCUUUUGAGAAUGUCAAUCAGCUUGAGCUGCUUCUUGAAACCCACGAUGAGUUCUGCUUUCUGCUUUUUUAGCAUUUUGUUUUCAGCAAGUAGAUUUUCUUUACUCUGAUGCUCCUCGCUUAUCUUGUCCUUAUUCAAAAUGAUUUAAAAGACUGGAAUUAGUAGAAGUUAAACACAUCUUAGCUUUUGGGCAACCUGAGGACUCAUUUGCAAACAAUUAAAAACAUGUUGAAAUCCAGUUGAAGCCGGUAUUUUAUGUAAAUCCAAAGGGCUAAAUGAACUUUCCUCUUUCCAUCUUCAAACAUCAUAUUCCAUGUGUCCCUCAGAUAUUUUAAAGUCCAUUAUGCAGCGUAACAUUCAACGGCCAUACAUGAAAGCCUCCUGAUCUCUCUGCAUGCUUCAGUUUUAUUAUUUAGGUCAGUGGACUCUGCAGUUUAUUACUGUGGGACGUUAUGGAGCUCCUGUUUCAACAUCUCUGUGAUCUGGAACCUUUAUCUGCUAAAAGGAUAAAUUAUCGUUUCACCUUAAAGAUUGGUAGCACUUUACGUUACUUCGCAAAUACUUUUUUGAUCCUAAAACUAUAAUAAUAAGACAUUCAUAAUCACAAGGCUUUAGAAUGAUAUUAAAUGAACCCUGUUACACAACACAUGUUGCUGCUACGCCCUCUACAAGUGGAAUACAUUUGUUAUAUUCAACUAAAGAUUUGAUUCUUUGUGAUUGUUAUAAAUAUGUUAUUAUUUAUUUGAAGUAUUACAUGUUUGAUUUAUGUUACUCUGUAUCAUUUGAAAUGAUUUUAAAUGCACACUGGAUUGUACACUGUUUAGAAAGAAGUUCAUCUUAGAAAGAACACCGUAGUUAGCAACAGUUCAACAGUAUUCUUUUAUACAUGACAAUCUGUAGCUUGUAAUAAAAGAACAUUUGAAUAAUUAGAUCAUGUGUUUAUCAGCACUGUAAUUUUCAAACCGUGUUCAUCUGUUUCAUCUUGUUGAGUUGAGUCUUCAGCCUCUCCACCUCCUCCAAAGCUCUGUUCAGACGAACCUCCACAGUGCUGUGGAUGCCCGCUGCUUGUUUGUGGGAUCUAUUCAGAUUGUCUAUUUCCUGCACAGAGCAAAGCCAGUUCACAUGAGCAAUGGAAGAUGGUCUAACACUGUCAGCAUUGACAUGCUACAGACCUUGUGUAAUGCAGACACUUGCAGUUGAAGACCGUCACAUUUUUUGUCGGACUCCUCUGCUAAAGCUCUGUGCUUUUCAAUCUGUGUCUGCUGGAUGUUUGCUGUUUUCUGCAGUCUGGCUCGUUCCUCCUCCAGCUCCUUCAUUUUUGCACUAAGUUUAGCAUUUUCAUCA